AUGGCCAACUUCCCCAUCCAGACAUACGACCAGAAGGCAGUGCUGGCUGUGGCUUUUACCUUCGCCAUACUCGCAUUCAUCGCGGUCUGCUUGCGCUUGGUUGCUCAUCAGAUCGCGCACAAGAAAUGGAUGCCCAGUGACUACUUCAUCAUCGCUGCCUGUAUCUUUGCCGUUGGUCUGCAAUCAAUUAGUAUUACAGGCGUCUUCCAAGCUGGCAUAGGCUACGGUCAUGUUCUGGAUGUCAUACAGCAAUAUGGCCCUGCACCCGUAAUCAAGCUAUCGCAACUCAUCAUACCUCUGCAGUUCACCUGGGUUUUGAGUUUGAGCUGUACCAAGAUAUCGAUUCUGUGUCUGUAUCUCCACAUUUUCCCGUAUCGAUGGCUUGCAUGGAGCUCGUACGUGACCAUGGCCAUCAUCGUCGCCUGGACAAUCGGAACUAUCCUUGUUGGCUGUCUGAUCUGCCAGCCUUUCGCGUUCAAUUGGGACAAGACGAUUCCCGAUGGAAAAUGUGGUGAUCAGGUCACUUCGUUUACGAUUACCGGCAUCAUCAACCUGGUCACCGACGUAAUGGUGCUUCUUAUGCCCAUGCAGCCGGUGUACCAAUUGCAGAUGGCAACGUACAAGAAACUGACCCUUGUUGCUGUUUUUGGCUUGGGUAUUUUCACUUGCGUCAUCAGCGCGCUCCGCAUCUCCGUCCUCUCCAGCAUGGACUUCGCCGACAUCACCUUCACGAUCCCCAAAGCCAACAUCUUCAGCGGCCUAGAACCCUGCAUCGCCUGCGUCCUCGCCUGCGUUCCUCUAAUGCGCCCACUGCUCGGUCACUCCGUCCAAACACCGUACGGAUCGGGCGAGAGACCCGCGAAGUCGCAGUCUAAAUCCGCAGGGUCAAAGGAGUCGAAGGGGGUGCGCGAUGAUGGGUUUGAUCAGCUAGACGAUGAUACCAGCGAACUGUGUCUUCGGCCAUUGGGGUUGCAACAUCGCGCUGAUGCUUCGGCGUUGCGCGAAACUGUGAAUGAUGAUGCCAGCGAGAUAGAUGUAGAGUCGAUUGAUAGGGAUGGGGGAGGCAUAAGAGUGAAGCAGUCGUUUCAAGUUGAAGAGCGAGGAAGAGCGCUCUGAUUCAGAAAAUAAAAUAAAAAGCGACGUUACCUAAUA